AUGUUGCGGGCUCUUGGGCGGCAUCGAUGCGGCUGGCGCGCGGCCGCCGAGCGCCGCGGCGUCUUCUCCUCGCGGUUCGCUAGCAGUGGCUCGGGCCUCAGUAAUCACUCGCCUACGGAGGUGGAAAUCGGUGACAUAAAAGCCCCCUUGGGUUGCCCAAAGUCGUUUGAAUUAGUGCCACGCGGGUACAUGAAGGAGCUGCUACAAGGACGGCCGCUGCCACAGAAGGAAGUGGAGUAUGUCGCUAUUUCCCAGGACACCACGGAGUCGGAUUUAAAACAGGCAGAGCGAAAUGUGCUGCCAACAUUGAACAAUUUGCUUGAAAACCGAGAAAUGAUGCUCGACGAUGGGCGAUUCCUCAUGAAAGCCGAGAGUUACGACGCAUUAGUAGAGCAAGGAUACUCGAAAGACGCUUUGGAGGCGCAAAAUCUGGUUCGAGUGCAUCCAGCUUUCCGAGUCAUCGCGUUGGGUCUCCCGGUCCCUCCGUAUCCUGGGCGAACGUUGGAUCCGCCGCUGCGGUCUCGAUUCCAGGCGCGAAAAGUGACGCCAAGUUCGCCAGGUUCUCAGCUUGAGGAGUUGGUAGCGAUUGCUCCGUCUGUGCCGCUGCCUACACUUGAGAGACUUGUGGGUAUUCGCGAAGCUGUUAACACGAUCGAGUCCACAUACGACGUUGGCACGAGCACGGGGCCACGCAUGCCGCACUUCGACGACUUGUCACUCUCGCAUUGCGCCAAGGUGCUGCAGAGAUUUCCUGACGCAAGUGUAGCUGACGUCGUUCGGCGCGCUUUUCCUGUGAGAUUAAAUGUUCUUGGAGCUAGAAGCGCCUCGAACUCGAAGGCACUUGAUCGCAUUGUGGACAAGUUCACGGAUGGACUGCAAAGAACAGAGUAUACUCUGGAUAGUGUUUUCAAGGCAUCGGCUAAAGAUGUGAAGGCGACGGUGGCAUUCCGGACUCCUACCGCUCAGCUAGAGCUUAACGAUGUUCCGUGUGGGACGACACGCGUCGAGAUGGAUGCGAUGCCAGGUUUUGUGGAGACCGACACUCACUCUACAAUGCUGGCUGCAAUGAUUCAAGAUCAUGCUGUUGGUAGCGAUUUGUGUGUUCUCGGAGCCAAAGGUAGCGGGAAAUCGGCCAUGGUGAGGCUGUUCGCUCACCGUAUGGGCUACGCAACGGAGCUUUUCAGCCUUUUCAAGGACAUGACUGCACGCGAUCUCCUUCAGCGGCGAUCUACAGACUCGCAUGGGGAUACUCAGUGGGAAGACAGUCCACUCAUCCAUGCUGCACGGAAUGGCCACUUGGCGGUGCUAGACGGUGUGCAUCGCCUGGAAAGUGACAGUCUCGGUGUACUACAGAGACUGAUCCAGGAUCGAGAAAUUGAUUUGGCAGAUGGCUCAAAGCUCGUAUCGCAAGCAACUUUCGAUGCUAUUGUGGCAGACACGAACGUUACUGGAGAUUCAAGUGCGUUAAGCCGAGUUUCACCCAUCCACCCUUCGUUUCGCAUCAUGUCGAUCGCACAAGCAGACCCGGCAACGUUGAAAGGAAGUGCAGCCAUGUCAGGCAAAGAGUCCACCGCUGCGUGGCUGAGCUCGGACAGCAUUUCCAUGUUCAGCUUUCAUCACCUUCCGACAAUUUCGACUGCACAGAGUGAAGAAAUCGUUCGACGUCUGUUCCCUCAACUUCCGCAAGAAACAACGAGCUCACUGUUAGCCUUUUUAGAAAAGUUGCAGCAUGCCAAGGAGAACAGUGCCGACUACCUCGCGCUCUCGCUGUCUACACGGCAGCUUUUGCGAGUUUGUCGCCGGCUUAACGCGUUCCCCGAGCAGUCCCUGCAAGAUUUGCGUCCGUUGAUGCACGACACCUUGCUCACGCAGCUCUUGUCUUCAGCAUGCAACCGACUUGUCGAUUCUUUGUUGGACGAGUGCAAUGUGCCGGUCUCUACGUCAGCUACUGAGUGUCGACAGCAGCAAACCGAAACAAUCCGUAAGGAAGACGGUCGUCUGCACAUCGGUGACGUCUCGUAUCCGAUACAGACUCCAGGCCACCCGGAACUGGUACCUCAGCCUCACUACUUCGACAUUCCCAAGCACACUCUCUGCAUGAAGGACAUGCUCCAAGAUGUCGUGGCUGGUCAAAAGCACAUGCUCCUGAUCGGGAAUCAAGGAGUGGGCAAGAACAAACUAGCGGAUCGAUUAUUGCAGCUGCUUCAGCAGGAACGCGAGUACAUCCAGCUGCAUCGUGAUACGACCGUGCAAACACUGACUCUAGUACCGACUCUAGUUGACGGGAAGAUCGAGUGGGAAGACUCGCCAUUAGUUCGGGCUGCUAAGACCGGUCGAACGCUAAUCGUCGACGAGGCCGACAAAGCGCCACUCGAGGUCGUGUGUGUUCUUAAAGGACUAAUUGAAGACGGCGAGAUGCUCCUGGGAAACGGCAAGCGUUUGAUCGACCCAACGAAAGUGGCAAUUGAAGAGUGGCAUGACGAAGAUAACAUCAUCGAACUGCACCCUAACUUCCGCAUGUGGGUACUAGCGAACCGUCCUGGGUUUCCUUUCCUGGGAAACAACUUCUUUCGGGAAAUCGGCGAUAUCUUUGCCAGCCAUGCAAUCGAUAACCCCGAUGAAGAAUCUGAGCUGUCGUUGCUGACAGCGUAUGCACCAAGUGUUUCUGUUGAUAUUCUGCGUCGGCUCUGUGGAGCCUUUGCUGAACUGCGUGAGCUCGUGGAGAAUGGAACCAUCACGUACCCAUACUCUACACGCGAGGCUGUUGCCGUGGCGAAGCACCUAGAACAAUUUCCGAAUGACGGUGUUGCGUCAGUACUGGAAAAUGUACUAGCGUUUGAUGCCUACGAUCAAAACAUGCGCACCCAAUUGUCGGAGAUCUUUUUGCGGCACGGCAUCCCUUUGUCACCGACCGGUGAAGCUUUGACACUUCGGAUGAAUAUCGCUGAAUCGCGUAAUCUUCCCAAACUCGUUCCUACUGAGUCGUGGCGAUGGAUACCUGACGAGCGCGUACGGUUCAGCGCAUCUGCCACGAAAUCCUCUCGGGAACUUCACCACUCGCCGCUCACUCGACGACAGAUCUGGUUGGACCCGUCAACGACGCGAUCGUUCCCGCUCCAACAUCACCGUUUGCAUGAGUUUACAGAGCAAUUGGCAUCGUUCCAAGUCCCACUAAAAGAAAAUCGGAAGCAACAAGCUCACGCGAUGGCUGUCUUCCCUGAUAACUCGGUCCAUGUGCUAACGAGGCGUCCGAUGAGUGUGCACUCAUUCACAGACUUCGAAGGCAAUGAAAGAAAGCACAGCAUCUUGGAGCUUGAAAAUGAGUACAUGCAGUGGGAAUUAAACCCGGUACUUGUGAACUUGCCUGACAGGAACGAGGUUGCCGUCUUCAUCCCAUCUACAGGACUUACUAUCUUCUUGAAUCCUUUGGAAAGCUCGGACGGGCGUGCAGACUGCCUCACUCUCCCUGACGGCGCUCUUGAUGGUCGACUGCACAUUACUGAGUCACAUGGAAGGAAGAGAGCGAAACAGAACCCGUUUACCCAGUGGUUUGGUGGUGGAAAGGACGGUGCGUGGCGCACUCAAGCCGACGACGUGAACGCGGGAUUGGUGCUUCGCUACCUUCAAGGAGGGUCGCUGUUCCAAGUUAUUGAUCUGAACUCAAACAACUUCUUCUCUAUCGAUCUGACCAAGAUCAGUUCCUCCCUGUCCGUGGCAAUAACUGAGAUCCUCAAUGUGCAAUCCACAGGCGAACGCGAGUGGCUCUUGCGCACCCCGAACGAAAACGUGGUGUACAAACUGCAUCACAAUGUGAGCGAGAACAGCUUCGCGUUAAACGUGGCAGCGGUAGAUCACACGGGCUCAUCACUUGCGGAUUCCCGACACUCAGUAACUCCUAGACGUCUGCAAACACAAGGCAGCAUGAAUUCUAGUAAGGUCAUGGUACACCCGCAGGCCUUUUUGCAGACCAUCGACGGCGAUGAGAAUGUUGAGAAGAUCCACAGUUCCCUCCGAGAGGAUUCGGAUGACAACGGGGUACGGGAAGUUCAGCAAGCGUGGCAAAACGAGUCGUUCAUCGUGAAUUCAGUGCAGUCAGAGGCUGGUGAUGUCGUUGACAUGGAAGUUACUUUUCCAGAGUCUCAGUCGACGAAAAAUGUUGUCGUUGGCUCUACUUCACCAACAGAAUCUGCGAACGACGACAGCAGAUUCUUGUCGUUGUCCACUGAGCGUUCAGCUGUGCCGCGUGUCGUAGCUGUUGCAAGUGCACACGAUGGUAAACAUACGCUUACAAUACAAGAAGACGGCGCUGUGCGGGUGUGGCAACUGGACCAAGCUUCCCUUGACCGUGAGGCAGCGUUGUGGGAGCGAAUGUAUGGUACGAUGGCUGAACUCGCAAGUGAUGGCACGCUUGAACUCAAAGUCGAUGGCUCGAGAGUCGGUGGCCCAUCGACCCCUAAGACGGGUCUGGACACUCCGAAGUACGGUAAAGAUGAUCCCAACAAUGACCCGCACGUUGGUGGCAAUACAUGGGCUGGUGGAACUGGAGGAUCCGACACGGCAGGCUUGGGAGGUCGAGGUGGCCCUUAUCGACUCGAUAAGGGUCACCCGGUGCACCAAGUAUCGCAGGAGAAGAAGGACGAAGUGUCUGCUGAAGCACGAGCUAAGGCCCGCGCAAUGGCACAAGAAGCUCUUGCUGAAAAACUGCGUGAGAUCGACAUGAGCGAGCGCGAGUGGGAAACGUAUCAAACUUACUUCAAGCGUGUCGAACGCGAGAGUGCUCAACUACGUGCUGUGCUUGCAAACCUGGAGGCUGUGGCGCAAGAACGGAACUGGCUGCGCCAUCAAUCAAGCGGAGAACUCGAUGAUGGCAAACUGGUGGACGGUGUUGCUGGCGAACGCCUGGUGUUCAAACGUCGAGGUGUCCGUGACUCUCCAUUCCAAGCUCCAGCGGGACAUCAGCAAGAGCAAGAGCCUAAACGGAUGGUCUUUGUUAUGGACGUGAGUGGCAGUAUGUAUCGGUUCAACGGCCAGGACUCCCGACUCGAACGGAUGUUGGAGACAUCUCUUAUGAUCAUGGAGAGCUUCGCAGGCUUUGAACGGGAGCUGGACUACUGCAUCUUUGGGCACAGCGGUGACUCACCGGAGAUUCCGUUCGUGGAAUUUGGAGCUCCACCAAAAGACCGCAAGGAGCGACUUCAAGUACUGCAGAAGAUGGUUGCCCAUACACAAUACUGUCGUAGUGGAGACCACACUGUUGAGGCUGUGGAGCGUGGAGUGCAGCGCGUAGCUGCGCUUGAAGGUGGCGACCGAUUCGUGUUUGUGGUGAGUGAUGCCAAUCUCGAACGCUAUGGCAUCGAGCCCAGAUAUCUCGGUCGCAAACUGCUAGCAGAACCCGGUGUACGGGCCCACGCUCUUUUCAUCGCGUCGUUUGCUGAUGAAGCCGAGCGGAUCCGUAGCGAGCUACCAACAGGCAGAGGACACGUUUGCCUCGAUACGUCGGAUCUACCACGGAUGUUCAAGCAAAUCUUCACGUCCGCUUUCGGCGACAACUAAGGUACAAGUAUUGUACAGUGUAGCAGGACGUACUGUACUAGGAAUGAAAUGACUCCUCACUUGGCCUGCUGCAAGGGAAGCAGUCUUUUCC